AUGGCUUUGUCUUCGUUUUCUUCUAAUGGUUUGGCGUUUCUGCUGCUGCUUGCAGUGGCUCUGGUGGAUUCAGCUCGGGGUUGUGUGUUCUAUGCCGGAGGAAAAGAUGGAUGGGUGUUGAAUCCCUCGGAGAGCUACGGGCAUUGGGCCGAGAGAAAUCGGUUUCAAGUCAAUGACUCCAUUGUUUUUAAGUAUAAGAAGGGGGAGGACUCUGUUUUGGUGGUGGCGGAGCAAGACUUUGAUUCGUGCGACGUGAGCAACCCGAUCCGGAAGCUCGAUGGCGGCGACUCCCGGUUUGUGUUCGAGCGGUCGGGGCCGUUUUUCUUCGUCAGCGGAGCGCCGGGGAGGUGCGAGCGCGGGCAGAAGCUGGCAGUGGUGGUGAUGGCCGUGCGGCGACCGCGCUGGCCGCCCGUCUCGGCCCCGCCGGUCCUGUCUCCGACCCCUGCUUCUUCCCCUGCUUCUUCGCCACCUCGAUGGGCACCUCAGUAUCCGCCUCUGCUUCCUCCGUCGGCGACUUUGCCGCCUGAAAGUUCCGUUGCCCCUGUUCUAUCUCCGACGCCUCCGCCGACCCUGACAACUCCAACCGGAGGGACCCCAGUCCCCGUGCCGUCUCCGGUGCCGGCUCCUUCCGACCACGCAGUGACCGGCGCCGCCGGUAUUACCUCCGCGAAGUCCGUUCUUAGAACAUUGAUGAUAAUUAUCGGAAUUGUGUUUCUUGUUUGA